GGUCUCAAUUUAUUUUCAGGUUAUCUCGUGGACUGCUGUAAACAACGUUGUGAAACACGGUGUAUCGGGGUUUUUGUGACAUCGGCGGAUAAUGACUGAAGUGUUGCUCCUGUUGGAUGUGUGCUGACUGCCUUCGUCGGGGUAUUCUGGUGAGUAAAUUUUAAAUUUUCAUUGAGCCUUUGCCAUGCCGAUGUCAAAGAUGAAAACUGCAUGGAAAAUCGGUUGCUGAUCGCUCGGGAUUAGGAUUCGACCCGCGGUUCUGGGCGGGCCCAACACCGGGCGUCGCAGUGGUGCACCCGCACCCGCACCCGCUCAACCACCGCCAGCAACACCACCGCCAUCACCAUCAGGUCGCCGUCCACGCGGCGCCGCCGCCAUCAGCAGCAGGCGUCAUCAUGGGCAACUCGUCGAGUUCGCAGUCAAUGCACCUGGCGCAACAUCCGCAGCAACUGGGCUUUGCCGACCCUCGUCACCUGGUUCGCUACCGCGACGACCCCCGCUACGCCGACGCCGAAGAGGACUACCUCCACUACGGCACCGGCGCCACGACGCCGCGGCGUCCGCGCAGCAAGUCUGGUAACCCGAGGGCGCCGCCGGUUCGAGUCCGCGCUGGGCGGUCCGCUGACGACGUCCAGCGCCGCCUCGGCAUCUCGCCGCAAAACAAGGUCCUGCCGGAUGUAGGCGUGAUGUCACCUAAGCAAAUCCUUCGACCCACUGAACUCGGCUCGAUUUUGCACAAUGGCGGUACAAUAACUGGUCGCAGACGAGACUUGUUAAUUGCUGAACAGUCCCUAGCAAACACCAACAGCAACGCCAAGAACAACAACAACAGUAGCAGCAGCAAUGGAAGCAGCAAAUCCCGCAGCGAAUCCACGGGUCGACAGCGCAGUGAAGAACGCGUCGUUUUGGCCGGCAAACUUCCCGACGGCAAAUAUGACCGCAUCAAAAUUCGAUCGACGGGGAAUGGGUCACGAUCGGGUCUAGACGAACACCGACUUGACAUCGAACGCUAUGACUCCGAACCCAGGGCGAAUCGACGGGAACGUUCCCUCAGUCGGAUUUUGGAUGAGCGUCGACCGACCCGCGGCGACGACUUGCCUGCGAGGCAAAACGGCGCCGCUCGUCACCCGGAUUGGGCGCCGAAACGGUUCGACAGCGAGCCGAAUUUGUCGCCGGCGCAGCUGGAAGGGAAACCGCCGCCGCGCCGCCACGCACCCACAGCACUUGUGUAUGACCCAUUGCUCGAACCCGACGACGACCAAGACGGGAAUGUUGACGACGAGGACGACGGUGUCGACGACGGCGGCGGCGGCGGCGGCGGAGGCGGCGAUCGACGUGCUUGGGGGAAGCGGCCGAGGUCGAAGAAAAAAUCCAGGGCGCCCGUGCCGCCUGCGGAUUCGGACGAAGGGAUCGUCAUUGCUGGCAUGUACGACCCGCGUCCGAGAAGCAAAACACCGAAUCCGUUCACAGACGCGUCCGACUACCGCCACGAAUUGGCGUCCGGCGGUCGGAAAUCGGCGUCCGACUUCCUCUCUUCCCUGUGGCGUCGCGGCGGCGGUGGUUCCCAAACCCCGGACCCGAAGAACCGCUCCAAAAUGCGCAUCUUUCGACCCAAGUCAGAGCCACGGAGUGAAGACCCAGUUUGGGGUCGCCGUUCUGUCCUCGAGCUCCGCGACCCCAGUGUCGAUAAUUACUCGACAUCCCCUCGACACUCUCGACGUCGGUCUCGAGAAGCCGCAAGUAGUCGACACCGGGCUCGCAGUGUCGAUUGUCUCCAGCCAACAUCACCGACGCCCGUAGUCUCGGCGACGACGUCGAAUAACCACGUCCCGGCCUCGUCUGGCAACUGGGUGAAUGCGUUCAGCAAGUCCAUGACUUCCUUGGUGCCAGAGAAUUUGUUUGGGUCGCAAAGGGCAGCUGUGCACUCCAAGCCCAGGUUGUUUGAUCCCAACGACACUAUCGACAGUCGGAAGAGCAAGACUUCGAGUAGAUCUGCCAGGAGUAAGGCGUCUGUCAAGAGCGAGAAUAAGAGGAAAUCUAGGAGAGACGCCGCUGUUGUGGAAAAUGCGUCCAGGCUCGACGCCUACAAACAGCCUCAGAUUUCACGAAGCUCGGAGAACCUGCUUUCGUCGUCUUCUCGCCCCCCUUCGACCCCUGCCAAGGGAGUUCAAGUCCUUCCGCGUCAGUUCCAGAAGAAACACGAGCAAGUGAACAAUAGUAACUUGAAGCAACAGCCCAUAAUGGCUUCAUCGAAAGCAAUAUCGGCUGAAGUCAUUCCUGCCGGCAAAAAGACAUUUUAUUUCGGCAUGGAACAACAGCCGAGUGCAUCGAAUUCAGCGAAUAAUGUGGUGACUGCGAAAACGCCGGUGAAGGCGAAAGACAAAUCCGUGGACGAGGUGGAGAAAUUUGCGUCCAGGCUGCAGUCCAAUGUCGUGAGAACCAAUUCUUCAGGCGACAGUUAUGUUCUGGAGGGAACAGGAGAGCCUGUGGUAAGUGCGAUGGUGAACCAAUCGUCGACGAUGUCGAGUGAAGACGAAGCCGACAUCCCCGUCAAACUGAGGCCAGUGUUACCAAGGAAACACUUGGACAUGCCUCGGUUUUCGCCCACAGCAGCAUGGCGAGGGAUUCUGACUGGGCAAGAAGCUGACCCAGGUUCUGUCGCUGCUGCAGCUGCUGUUGCUGCUCUUGCAAACAGUCGACGACGCGAACAGGGUGUGUCACAAGGAGAUCGUAAAGGUUCCAUCGGCGGCUCGAGCAACGAACCAGACCUUUUCGAAGAACGCAUCAUUCGGGAAUCGUCAUCCCGCCAAAACCUGUUGCAGUACCGCCACGGACACGAAAAGUCGGCCGACUCUGGGAUUUCUGGGGACGCCGGUAGCCCGGGUCCGUCCAGAGACGACCCAGACAUUAAGCCGACGACCAGCGGAGGCGGCACUGGAGGAGCUGCUGUCGGCGGCGGCGGUACCGGCGGCGGCGGUGGUGGCGCAGUGGCGGCGCCUUUGGCAGCGUCGUCACCAGUGUUGCGGCACUGGACACCGGAACAAGACCUGGAUGACAGCAUGGGGGAUGGGGGCCACGGGCUGGCGCCGACUGGCGCCGGAAAGGCGACCCCACCGAAACUGACGCAUCGCAACGCCAUGUUUAGUGGUGUGGCACGAGACUCUCUCUUGGGCGGCGUUUCGGCGGCGCAGCCGCCGCAGAGUUUCAGCAGCCUGCGGAAACUGAAGCGGACUUCUUCAAACGCGCGGCGGCAGUCCGGAGGCGACCCGACCGCCGUCGCCGCCGCGGAUGACAACUGGUCCAUGUCCCGGUCAGUGCCCAACUCGCUGGACCAUCCCAGACCCGGGCACCGCGGCUCGGGCCACAUCGUCUAUUUACCCGAGUACCGCAGCGUCGCGGCGGCCCUGCGGCGUCCCCGGUCCGCCAUGAACCACGGCGACGUGAGUGUGGAUGACGACGACGACGACGAGGGCUACGACAACGAACACGGAAGAGUCGUAAGACCUCAUUCAGUGCACGGAGACGCGACGGAGUUUGCGCCGCCACUCCGGCGCCGAGACACGAGUCCAGGCAGCGAAUUGGCGGACAUGCCGACGUCGAUCGGGAAAGGCGUCCUUUCGCCCAUCGCCGACAUGAUGAAGCGGAAGGGCAAAAAGUUCACCUAUCAAAGUACAGUGCGGCAGAUUGAGCGCCGGCGCCUCGAGCAACAACUGAGUCGUGAAGCUGAAGAGAAGGAGAAACAAAGACUAAGGGAACAAGCCGUGAUUCAAAAGGUCGAAGAAGAAUUCCGGAGAAAGAGAAGCCGAGAAAAGUCAAGUAUCCAGACACAAUUGCAGGAACUGCAGCAAAGCAAACCUGCUGUGAUCCACGCUGGGAAUAAUAUGGACACUUACGCGAUUCCCAAUAAAGCCUGGCGGAAUGCUGAAAGCAACAACGGAAUGGUUCAGGUGAGACCCUUCAAGUCUCACCCGAUAUCGAUAGCAGAGAAAAGCGGGUUGUGCGGAAUGCUGAAUAAUCCGGAGCAGCACGUGCAACAGCCGCCACCGCCGCCGUUGAGCCCGCCGCCGCCGCUGACGGCGGACGACUACUUCCCGGAGCCGGCGCCCAUGCCGAGCUCGUCGGGCGUGUCGAGCAGCAGUGCUGCUGGCUCUCCCAACAGCACCAACAGCUGCCACAUCCUCGCUGGCAACCCUGCUGCUGCUCCUUCCGGAUUCUUCAACGGCCUCAAGUCCAGAUUAACGAAAGGAGGAGGCGGCAGCAAGUCGAGCAACAUGAACAAGCCAGUCAGCAGCAACAGCAAAAUGCCCGACAACAACAAGACGAACAACAACAACAAGAUGAAGCUGGCCAACGGCGGCAAUAGUCCGAAUUCCGAUCGCAGCUCCGGCAGUCUGAGCCCGACGCGUCAAGACCCCGACGGCGCCCCGGCGUCAGCGGCGGCGUCCGUGUCCACGGGCGGCGGACGCCAUCACAACAAAUCGUCCGAGGACGAGUACUCGUCGGCGUCGCCACUGCCGACCCCGACGCCGACGCCUACGAGUGACGGACUCCUGCUCGGGGAUCCCGCGGCGUCCCAGUCGCCGACGGAAAGCAUGCGACGAGAGAUUCUGGCGGCGUCCAGGUCUCGCAACGGCGCCAAAUCCCCGUCGUCGUCGUCGUCUUACGACGGACAACAACAGCCGCCGUCCAGUGACGACGUCGGACGACAGCGUCACUCCAAAGGCAAAGGCGGUGGUAACAGCAGAUCGGCGUACCGCCAUCUGGCGGACAUCGCAGAACGAGAGGAGCACUUCGCAGCCGCCAGAAGGCAACAUCGACUCAACAACAACAAGCGGGGCGGCAAUGGCGGCGGCGGAGGAGGAGGAAGCAGGACGCCGCGAUCGGCGUCCCUCGACUACGACGGCGAGGAAGAUGACGAAGAAGAAGUGUUUGGGAUGGAGUCGUCGGACGAUGUGGCGUCGUCUUCGGUAGCCACUGGGUCUGUAGUCGCCGCCGCCGCCACGGCGUCCCUGACGCUCACUCAGGAGCUAUCCGAGUUCAAGGAAGAGCGCCGGGAUUAUCGCGACUACCCCCAACACAUGUGGACCCCGCGGAUGACCCCCAGUCCCUACGGCGUUCGGUAA